CUUCCAGCGCUCUUCGCUUCCUGCCUGGCGGAGGGAGGGGACGGUGCUGACGGCUGGGAGGACGAGCUGAACGUUAAGAAAGCCUUGGCAAAGAGAUAAGAAACGAGGGGAAAGGGCCCGAGAUUUUUGCCUUCCAUCGGGAUAACUUAUUGCUCGACUCUGAUUAGCACCCGAAGCAAGUACAAUGUCGUCCAGUCGUCAGUUUAGUGAGAGCAGGGCCAUCCCGACCAGGACGGUGCUGAUCAACGACUCAACGCAGCUACCUCACGACUAUUGCACCACUCCCGGAGGCACUUUAUUCUCCACCACCCCGGGAGGAACUCGAAUAAUCUAUGAUCGCAAGUUCCUGUUAGACCGGCGUAACUCACCCAUCGCCCAGACUCCACCAGCACACCUGCCGGUUAUCCCAGGAGUGACAAGCAAGAACGUCCUGAAUGAAAACAAGAGGAAUGAGGCUAAAAACAUCAACAAGCAUGAUGCCAAGUCAGGGCAAGGUGAAGAUGCUCAGUUUGAGAUGGACAUCUAAAGAAGAGGAACCAACUUGAAGAUUAAUUACCUGGUACCUGUGUGCCAGUGGCUUGGCUUGUAGAAACCAAUGUUGUGAGCCCUCUCCUUUAGCUCUCUCUAGCUGCUGGGUGCUGCAUAAUCAUGGGGAUAAAUGACAAAAGUUUGCCCAGUGGGGCUGCUGGAGCCCUGAAAGUUAACCUGUGAGCCUGUUGAGCUCUUUUCGUUUAGGUUUCAGGGCUUCCAUCAGCUGUACUUGCUUAAGUCACAGAGCAAGGGAAAAAAUCUGUAUUGUAAGUGCCCGGAUAUGUUACCAAUUUACUGUAAUAGACUCAUAAACAAAUCAGCCAUCAGAAAUGUACUGCUGAUUGUUCACUGUACACUGUUCCAGUUGAUACCCUUAAUGCAGUCUACUUGGUUCACAUGUAAACUGAUUUGCACUCAAGUCAGGAAAUGCAGUUAUCUGUAUGUACAUGUCCUCCCAAAUGUAAGUUUUUUGGGGGGGUUUCCAUCCAAAACAAUUACUAGAAUUUUUUUUUUAGUUUUAUUUAAAAUGGACAGCAGGAUUAUCACCACAGUUUUGAUUAAAAAAAAUGAAAGGAUUCUGUAUUCAUUCCAAAUCUUUUAUAUCAGUUAAAACAGUUGAUUUAUUUUUCAGGUAUUUGUUCAGGUCAGAAAAAUUGUUUUAUAGAAUUGGCCAAAAACAGACCACAGACCUUAAUUACUACUUUAUAUAGGAUCACGAUGCCAAACAAAUUUUCUAGUUUUAUUUAGAACUACCCCAAAAUUUGCAUUUCAGUCCAUAGCCUUCUAAUUUACUUUCGCCCUUUUAGCAGGUUCAAUUUAAGUUAAGUAAUGAUAUCUGAUCGCAAUUUUGAAUGACCAAACGUUUACUUUUGGAGAAUGUUUCUGUUCAGAUUUGUCCUGUUAACAGUGUGAUUUGUACCUACCUUUGCAUGGCGAGACACUUGAAACGUCAACAUCAGCUCCGAAUUCACACUCUCUGGUUAAAGGUAGACGUUACCAAGUACUGUUGAACUGAUCAAGGGUUUAAGAUACUUUAUAAAACGAUGACAAAAAGAGAGCUGGUCUCAGGAAGCACUUGCAUUAUAUACCUAAUAAGUACACAUCUUACGGCUCCUUUCAUGGGAGAAAUAGCACAGUGAAUAUUUAACAUUAAUAUCAGCUGUGACAUCUACUGUCACUUUCCGAUUACUACAAUCCUUAUGAACCUUGAUAAUCAAAUCAAAGGUAGGAAAGCACUGAAGUGUUGUUUUGGUCAUUUUACUAUUGUCUGUCUCACAGCCACACAAUGUGAACGAUUCUUUUAAAGAUGGAUAGUUUUGUAGUGACCAGACAUUCAUAUUUUCAUUCAGAUCAAACAUCUUGAAAACUUGAAUUGAAUCUUUCCAAUGCUCUUCUAUGCAUGUUCUUUUGAUCUGCUUCUUAGUCUAAUUUAGUUCACACAUCAGAUCAUUUAAAUGUUGUUGUUUUUUUUGGGUGGGGGAUGCCAAAUCUUGUGGAAGACGAGAAGGUUUGAUUAAUAUUGAAAGAGAAUUAAGCAAAGAGAUUAUCCAAACAAAGUGACUUAAAGAGGAUAAGACUUAUUCUCAUGACUUUAAUUGUCUCUUUCUGUGCUCCAGCCAUUCUCUGAAGCAGUUUUUUUUUCUCUCACAGUGAUCUCUUGUGCUUAGCCUCUGUAUCCAUGCCUUACUUUACUAAGCUGAGCAGCUGUCAAAUACUGUUCCCUUUCAUACCUUAAAUAGUGGAUCAGUUUCUUUCUGUUUGAUUUCUUUCCAACUCUCAAGUUGAGGAUAAGAUCAAAUAUUGCUAUGUUUUACUAGAAAACAUUAUAUUUUUGGAAACAUGUUAUUAUUUACUUUCUUACAGAGAUGGAAAGUUUUGCCAAUACAGCAGUGUAAUAUUUGUAAUGGUAAUGGAUUGGUUAAAAUAAACACGGUUUAGGUUUGACUUUGAUCGGUUGCAGUUAACUUUCUAUGAAAUAUUCAAUACUGGUGAUAUCCUUGACAAUUAGAUGCACAUUUUCAUUUCCGGUUUGAUUUAUAGACUUUUCUAAAAGUCAUGUUAAAGUAAUAAUGAUUUACAGUAAAGGGAACUUGAUAUACUGUCCUUCUGUAAUAGAUUUGUCUAAUCCCAGUUUGUUUCAACUCUGAAAUAUGGACGUUUGGUUAUUUGUUUUUUUUUUUUUUUAAAGAUCACUGCUUACUUUUUCUUCAUACUUUCCCCAGGUCUCAGAAACGUUCAGAAAUGCAUUUAGCUCUUCAAUGGGAUUUAGGAUGAAAGUUUGAUCUAAUGUGGCAGAAAUUGGAAACUGUAUUUUCUUUCUUCUUUGAGACCCUGUUCAAUUUAAUUUUUACUGGCCAAUGACAGUGGACACUGUUACAGCAAGAUCAAUAAAAGUUCCUUGAUAUCAA